UACAAACUUGCCCAUAUUUUAGACUCUAUACUAACGCGUUACUGUUAAUUAUUCCCAUUUUACCCUUUCCACACAAUUUAUAUUCUCCCCCAACAACAACAACACGCCUUCAGAAAGAAGAAAAAAAAAAUAGUACUAAUAGAAAUGAGAAAAGAGAAAGCGAAAAGCAGUUCAUAUUUCCUCACAGCUUUUUCGCUGUAGAGAGAGGUAGAGAGAGAAAGUUAUGAUCUGUAAUUAUGAGCAGAUAAUAAGCAAAUCGGAAGAUGUUGAGAAGAAAACCAAUGGAAGUUGUAGUCGCUAAGCUCCCAAAACACGUUAUCGCCCAUUCUCGCGUUUUCCUCUUCGGAUUCUACUGCUGGGAUUGGGAAUUCCUCACCGCCCUUCUGCUCUUUAGCUGCUAAUUUCCAUAUAUCCCCCAAAAUCAAUCAAUUAAUUACUUAAAUUACACGCUCUAUAAGAAGUAGAUUUUAUUGAAAAAAAAAUUCUCUGUAUAUUUUUUUUUCCUUCUUUCUAUUUCCCUAAAUUGUGCCGGGCCGGGCCGGGCCGGGCCGUGGGAAAAUGGCGCAGAGGUCGGUGCCGGCGCCGUUUCUGACAAAGACUUACAAUUUGGUGGAUGAUCGGGAGAGUGACGACGUCGUUUCGUGGAACGAGAGUGGUACGGCGUUUGUGGUCUGGAAAACGGCCGAGUUUGCGAAGGAUUUGCUACCGAAUUAUUUCAAGCACAACAAUUUCUCUAGCUUUGUUCGUCAGCUCAAUACCUAUGGUUUUCGCAAAACCGUACCCGACAAAUGGGAAUUCGCGAACGAGAACUUCAAACGAGGGCAGAAGGAUCUCCUCGUCCACAUCCGCCGCCGGAAAGUUGCUCCCUUGGCGACUACUAAAACUGUCGCCGCUACCGCCGGUAAACCCACUUCGCCGACGAACUCCAACGAGGAUCUCGGAUCGAGCUCUACCUCAUCCCACGAUUCCAAAAACCCUAGCUCGGCCGAGACCCAGGCCUCGGCUCAACUGGCCGAUUUAUCUGGCGAGAACGAAAAACUAAAGAAGGACAAUCAAAUUCUGAGCUUUGAACUCGCCCACGCCAAAAGGAAGUGCGACGAGUUGAUAGCUUUACUCACGCGGUGCGUGAAGGUGGCGCCGGAGCAUAUCACCCGCAUCAUGUCCGGUGGAGAUGAUGAUGAGCUGGCUGAUAGCUGUGGAAACAUUGACUUUGAUGACAAUGGCGAAAACGAGAAUUGUGUGAAGCUGUUUGGGGUGGUAGUGAAGAAGAAAAAGAGGGGUUGUAGUGAGAAUAACGAGUUUUCUAGGCCUCAAAAGAAAGAUUUGAAAAGGAGCCUCGAUGUUAGCGUGCCGUGGAUGAAGAUAUCUGCAUCGUCUGGCGAGUGCAGUAAGAAUGUCGAUGGGGCCCGCGUCGUCUCCGUAUUAGGGUGGCUCUCGUCAUCCCCUUGA